AUGCCCGUAUCUGAGUUCAGGCUCCGCGAGACCUGGCGCGGAAGCUCUGCUGGGCGUGAAAUCCCCAAGUUCGUGAUCGACGGGGGCCGUGGAGGACGAUUCGAUGCUACCCUAGCAGAACAAUACGCUUUCAGAUGCAGCACGCUAAGCAAAACAGCCUCCCUACGUAAAGAAGGACCCCGACUCCUUGCGCAAUUCAAAGCCACUCGGAGCGUGCCGGAGGGCGAGCGCGUGCGGUAUAACAAGUUCCUCGUUACGACGCUGCGGACGGUUGAAGGGUUCAUUGAACGUUCAGGUCGCCGGAUUGUUGCUGACUCGGAAGAACGAAAUGAGGUGUUCAGUCGGUACGCGGCGUUUCUGAACUUCAUUGAGGUGCAGGGUAAUAGAAGGUUUAGCCUGGUAGGUCUUAGCCCAAAUAUGAGCUCUGUUCCGUUUUCUCCUCCUUUCGUCUCUCUUUCUGCUCGGAGCCAGGAGGAAAAGGUCAAGCGACGUCGCUGUUCUGUAGCUGGGUCGAUAUCUGGUUUAACUCCGGAUAGACACGCUCUCUAUCAGGCCAAGUACCAGCAGUACCGCGAUGAAUUUGGUCUCGACGAUUGUGGAUCUGAAACUGAGCCUGAGCAAGGAUUUAUUGAAGCCGAAAUUGAUCGAUUUCUAAAAGAACUCGGCCAGAAUGUGGAUAUACAGGAUCUGGAGCAGUCUUCAAGGCGGUUCGCAUAG